AUGAAUUUUGUCCACCGUAGUUUUGAAGAUAAACUUGCACGAUUACUAUGCAUCAAUUAUUUUCACCAACAAGAACAUUUUCACGUCGGAAACUUCAUUCGACAGCUCCUUUCAAAUCCAUCUCUAUCCCUUCCGAAUGAUGAUCUACUAGCAAUAACAACUAAUGCACAAAUACCAGUAACGAACGGCUCAAAAAUCACUCGAAAAGUAAUGAUAUUCACACGCACAUCGUCCUAUGUUGUUGGACUUCGUGAUCAGGCAAGUCAUGAAGUAUUUGGCGAUUUAAAUAUCAAUGAAUAUACUGAUAAUUUCAAUCAUAUUGAUAUACUCAAUUUGGUUGUAAUUGAAAAUUCAGUGAAGUUAGAAGAACGAUUUCAAAAGUUUGAAAACGAUAAAGAAAAGAAAGUUCUUCUUAUUGUGAUCAAUGCUCGAAUUACUCAUCAACGAUUGCAUAUUCCAUACAUUCGACAAUUGAUCGACAAAAGUGAUUAUUCCUGCAAUAUUUUAAACAAAACCCAAGAGAAAUAUUUCUUACUACUCGUUCAUUCACCUGCCCAAGAACUUUAUCAUC